AUGAGCACUCGUUCCACCACCAUCAUCCGCACUGUGCUGCAGAUGCGUCAAUGGAGGCGGCAGUGUCUUCUACAGAAUAAAACGGUGGGUUUUGUGCCCACUAUGGGAGCUCUUCAUAUGGGUCAUUGUCACUUGGUGAAGAAUAGUCUUGCGGAAAACGACAAGACAGUUGUGUCAAUCUUCGUCAACCCUUCCCAGUUCGCGCCACAUGAGGAUUUGGAUGCCUAUCCAAGGACUUUGGACAGAGACUUAAAAAUGUUGGAAACAAUGUUCCCGGAAAAGCAGGUGGAUGCCGUGUAUGUUCCUGAGACUAGAGAAAUGUAUCCAUCCGGAAUCGUGCUUGAGGUUGAAGAUCAAAAAGGUGCCUUUGUCAACGUCAAAGGCUGCUCUGAAGGUCUUGAAGGCGCUCAUCGUCCUGCCUUCUUCCGUGGUGUGGCUACUGUAGUGACCAAGCUUCUUAAUGUCGUCCUUCCAGAAAGAGUGUAUUUUGGCCAGAAGGAUGCUCAACAAUGUGUGGUCGUCAAGAAUUUGGUUCGCGACUUACUUAUAGAUACCGAAGUUAAGGUUUUGGAGACCCACCGGGAGGCCAAUGGACUCGCUAUGCUGUCACGGAAUGAGUAUUUGUCACCAGAGGUGAAAGACCAAGCUGCACUCAUUUAUAAGGGUCUUUGCGCCGCCAAGGAAUUGUACAUAACUCAAUUGGAGUCGGGCGCCGGCGCUGUGCCAUCAAAAGAUAUCUUGGAUUCGAUAAAAACAAUUUACUCUACUAUGCCAUCACUGUGGGAAGUUGAGUAUGUGGCCGUGUCUCAUCCGGACACUUUGGAAGACCUUGACAGCGUCGACCUGGCAGUAGGUGCUCUCAUCUCGACGGCAGUGAGAGUACCCCGUGGGGAUUCAGGCGUCGCCAGACUCAUUGACAACGUUCAAUUGAGUCCAAAAAUUUAA